AUGAAAGCUAUGCACCUAAUUCUAAGACACAAACUCCAAACCCCCCGCCGCCCCCCUCCUCCACCUCCCGCCCCCACCGCGGUGGCUCCCGACCAAUCUCCGUCUCCCGCCGCCGCCGGCAGCGUGCUCCACCUCCUCCCCCUCGACCGGCCACCCCAAAAGAAGCCCCCUUCCCGCUCAGCCAAGCUCCUCCACCGCGUACGCUCCGUUUUCCGCUCCUUCCCCGUCAUCAGCCCCCCCUGCAAGAUGCCCGUCCCCGAUAUGGGCCUGGGCCUCGUCCGCAUUGCUCUAGAGUGCGAGAAGGCCCACAACGAGAGGGUGAGGCUGGCGGACGAGCCCAUAUGGAGCAUGUACUGCAACGGGCGCAAGGUGGGCUACGCCGUGCGGCGGGAUCCCACCGAGGAUGACCUCAGGGUGAUGCAGAUGCUGCGGGCCGCGUCCAUGGGGGCCGGGGUGCUACCCUCGGCCCGGGAGGGGCCCGAAGAGGGGGAGAUGACGUACAUGCGGGCCUACUUCGAGAGGGUGGUCGGGUCGAAAGACUCGGAGACGUACUAUAUGAUGAGCCCGGACGGGAACGGUGGGCCCGAACUCAGCAUCUUCUUCGUUAGGGUUUGA